CGCCACCAGUCUUCUCAGUCAAUGCCCGUAUCCGAACGGCGGUCAUCUGCAGCCAUGGAAAACGGCGUCGUAGAGAACGGUGUCUGCUCGUCGGAGUCGCCUACUGGGAGUCGCUACGUUUGGAGCUCCAAGGAGUCCGAAUAUUCUUCCGCUGAUCAUCUCGUUGUCAUGGUCCAUGGAAUCAUGGGAACUGCCGCGGAUUGGAAGUUUGGGGCGGAGCAAUUUGUUAAAACACUUCCGGACAAAGUUAUUGUUCAUUGUAGUGAACGGAAUGGCUCUAAGCUGACUCUAGAUGGUGUGGAUGUAAUGGGGGAGCGAUUGGCAGAGGAGGUUAUCGAACUGACUCGAAAAAAACCUAAUCUACGAAAGAUCUCAUUUAUUGGACAUUCUGUUGGAGGAUUAGUGGCAAGAUAUGCAAUUGGGAGGCUAUAUAGACCCGGUCCCCCUAAAAGUGACAAUACGGAACCUAAAAGUGAGAAUAUGGAACAUUCAUCUCCUAAUGGAUGUGAAGAGGAUGCAAGGAGUACAUUAGCUGGCUUGGAGCCUUUGAACUUUAUAACUGUUGCCACACCUCAUCUUGGAUCAAGGGGUAACAAGCAGGUGCCAUUUCUUUUUGGUGUACCUGCCUUUGAAAGACUUGCUAGUGCGGUUAUUCAUUUGAUAUUUAGGAGAACAGGUCGGCAUCUUUUUCUUAAUGAUGACGAUGAUGGGAAGCCUCCAUUGCUUAAACGAAUGAUAGAAGAUUGUGAUGGUUGUUAUUUCAUGUCUGCAUUGCGUAGUUUUAAGCGGAGGGUGGUGUAUUCAAACGUGGGCUAUGACCAUAUUGUCGGCUGGAAAACAUCAUGUAUUAGACGUAAUAGCGAACUUCCAAAGUGGGAAAAUACUGUUGACGAAAAAUAUCCGCAUAUUGUUUAUGAAGAACACUGUAAGGCCUAUGAUGCUGAGCAGUGUGAGCCUGCUUCAGCAGAAGAUGGUGGCUCUGGCGAGCUUGAAGAGGAACUAUUGAAAGGCCUAUCUCGCGUGUCUUGGGAAAAAGUAGAUGUUAGUUUCCACAGCAGCAGACGGAGAUUUGCUGCUCAUAGUGUCAUUCAGGUCAAAGAUCAAAGCGUACAUAUAGAAGGUGAAGAUGUCAUACGCCAUAUAAUGGAUCAUUUCCUCAAGUAAAACCUAAUGACCGCUAGAAGAAUUGACAUUGCGAUGUGGGCCUACUGUGUGGUUCUUUAGUUCUUUCAGUAACGCUACGCUGAGUGCAGAGAAAUCCGUGAUAUCUGCACCGUUGAAUGGUGUCUCAAUAACUGGCCGAAGGAAGAAUGUAUCUGUAUUUUAUUGGUGCAUUGCAGCUUGCGGCCGAAGGCAUUCGGUUACUAGACCGAAAAGCUGUGCACCAAAUGUGUUCAAUUCAAGCAAGCUACGAGAUAGAAAUUUCGUAUAUUCGUUGUGAUUUGCGAUGUAUAUGUAUAUGAACCAAGACCUUUAUUAUAAAAUGCAAAAUUUCCAUUUCUUA